UCUGCUACAGGCUACUGUUUAUAAAACCACUCGAGAAUCGCUAUGUCGUGACAUCGAAAAAUGAAUUUUUUUUUCUUAAAAACACACUCGCGAUUCAAAGUACUUUAAUCUGUUGUAAAAAUGAAUGAACCCUCGUGUUCAACGCUAACGACUCCUGAGAGAAGAAAAGAGUACGUUUUACGUUGGUUGAUAAAUCAUCCCGACACAAAUUUGAAUUCCGAUGGUGCAAAUUACAAAACGACUCCACCAAAUUCACCGGGUACCAAGCAAUCUUUUGAUCAGGUAUCAUCGCCGAUAUUGAGCCGAAAUAAAUGUGGAGAAAAUGCUUCAACGACAUCACCAAAUCUGGGAAAAAAACGUCCGGCUGAAUCGCCAAUUCUCACAAGUCGUAAGAGUCGUUUCAAAAGAUCGAAAACCCUCAGAAGGGACAGUAAAGGAGGCUUUGAACAAUUCAAAAAUUUUGAAGGGAUUCAAACAAGUACACAAACAUCAGAUAAUAUUGUAGAUACCAGUUCAAGUGACACAAAUGCACCACCAGUUUGUAGGGAAAAUUUGAUGGGAAGAUUGAAUACUCUUUAUGAAGAGCCAUCACAAUUUAUUGAGUCUGUUUCUAGUAGUGAACGUGAAAGCCAAUUUUCUAAAAUUCAGAAAGAUGAUGAAAAAGGAGUUGGUUUAGUAAAUCUUAAAAAAUUCAAAGAUUUUGAAGAACCUAAAACAAGCACCCAAACAUCAGAUAUGAUCAUAGACACAAGUUCAAAUAGCACAAUUACACCACAAGUUUGCAAGGACAAUUGGAUGGAAAGAAUAUCAAAAACCCUGUAUGAACAGCCAUCACAAUUCAUUGAGUCUGUUUCUAGUGACGAACACAAAACUCAAAUUUCUAAAAUUCAUAUAGACGAUUCAAACAGUGAAGAGUCUGAAAAUUCUGAUAGGGUUCUCAUAGAAGAAGUGAAUUCUCAAUUAUUCAUUGAAUCUUCAGACAGAGAAGAAAUUAUUCAACCAUCCCAAGUCAUUUCAAAUCCAUCAACUUCAAGUUCGUCUCAAUCAUUAAAUGAUCAGAUUUCAGAAGGUAGUGAUUCUGAAAUAACAAAGUCUUCCUCUCAAACACAAAAUGAUAUAAAUAUAAUUGAAACUCAGUUUCAUACAAAGACAAAUUUUGUCAAGACUACAUACAUUACACAAUACAGUUCAGAUCAACCAAAGAAAAAAAAGUAUUCAAAAAAGAGCACUUUAUUAAAUAUUUUGAAUGCAGCAAUGGCAAAAGAAAAAUCGAGAGUAGUUCUUUUUCGUCAUAAAAUCGCUAAAACACCAAUCAUUCUUAAAAAUGAACCAUAUAUUAUAUUGGAAAUAGUUGAUAAUUUACCCAGCAUCAAUAAUAAUCAAGUAUUUAAAUGUAAUGUUAUUGAAGAUGAGACUAAAAUUUUAAAAGAUAUUUUUCUUAAAAAGCGAUAUGACUCUGUUUCUGUGAUGAAUGUUCCUGAAGUUUCAGGAUUAAUUAAUGUAAAAGAAAAGCCUUUGUUAAAAGUAUUUAAACCUGUGAUAAUCAUAGAUCCGCAUCAGCGUAUAAUAGUUAUAAAUAAAUUUAUAGCAAUGCCUAAUAAUAGUACAAAUAUAAAUUCUAUAUUAAAUUUAGAAAAUAAUGUGAAAGUCAAAGAAUUGUACAAAUUUACUUGUCCAUGUAUCAAGUCAAACUGUCUUUCAGAUAUGUGUAAAACUAAAUUUUGUGACAUAGACUUUGAUAUGAAAGGAGCUAUUUUUGAGUACAAAACUUGAAAAGUUAAUAAAAUAUCAGUUUCAAAAGCCAUACAA